CGUUCAAACUCGUUGUACGUAUACGAUCGAAUCAGGAUGAUGAAAGGGAUAUUAUUAUCCGGUUUAUUGUGUUGCCUGAUUUUAAAAAGUUCUGGUCAGCCAGUAAUGAACGUACUUCUUGGCUAUCAGGAUAGUCUAGGUCAGUAUAGCUUUGGCUAUAGUACACUUCAUUCAGCUAGAUCAGAGAUCAAAACUGUAAACGGUGUAAUACGUGGUGCAUACAGCUACGUCGAUGACAAUGGCGUAAUACAAACUACCGAGUACGUUGCUGACGAUGAUGGUUUUCAUGUAAUAUCUACGAAUCUUCCACAGUCACCACUUCCGGUUGAAGAUACCGCUGAAGUAUUAGCUGCUCGUAAAGCUCAUUUGGAAGCUUUUCUAAUCGCCGUAAAAAUGACUAAAGAUACUGAAAACAAGAAGGUUACAAACCUAUCGAAAAAGAUCGUUGAGCAAAUUUUACAAAUCGACAAUGAGAAAAUCGACGAUGAUAAAAUCUUGAGGACACAUUACGAUCAGGUUUUUUCUUUAUACUUUUCUUCACAUUAUCGACCUUACAAGAUCGAUUAAAUAUUAUUUCCCGACAAAUUUCAUGCGGAGAUG